AACCUUAGGUACGUCACGCGUUCCAGUGUGGUUGUUCCUUGGUUUUACAUCGCUCUGUGCUGCUACUUAGCCAUCUUCCUGUUUUCUUCAGUUUUCUGAUUUUGUUUCCAAUUCGCGUCGAAGAAAGGGACAACAAAAGGCCGCCAAGAUGCCGCGAAUCAUGAUAAAAGGAGGCGUUUGGCGCAACACAGAGGAUGAAAUCCUCAAAGCAGCUGUGAUGAAAUAUGGGAAAAAUCAAUGGUCCCGAAUCGCCUCUUUGCUCCACCGCAAGUCUGCCAAACAGUGCAAAGCACGAUGGUACGAGUGGCUGGACCCCAGCAUCAAGAAGACAGAGUGGUCCAGAGAGGAGGAGGAGAAGCUGCUUCAUCUGGCCAAGCUGAUGCCCACGCAGUGGAGAACCAUCGCCCCCAUCAUUGGACGCACUGCAGCCCAGUGCUUGGAGCACUAUGAAUACCUCCUUGACAAGGCGGCUCAACGAGACAACGAGGAGGAAGUGGGAGAGGACCCCAGGAAGUUAAAACCGGGGGAGAUUGACCCGAACCCCGAGACUAAACCUGCCAGGCCCGACCCCGUGGACAUGGAUGAAGAUGAGCUGGAGAUGCUGUCUGAAGCCAGGGCUCGACUGGCCAACACGCAGGGCAAAAAGGCUAAGAGGAAGGCCAGAGAGAAGCAGCUGGAGGAAGCCAGACGUUUGGCGGCGCUGCAGAAGCGCAGAGAGCUGAGAGCGGCUGGAAUCGGCGUUUCCAAGAAGAGGAAGAAGAAGAGAGGCGUGGACUACAAUGCUGAAAUACCAUUUGAAAAGAAACCCGCUCCAGGCUUUUAUGACACCAGCAUGGAGCAGUACGACCCUUUGCAACCAAACUUCAGGCGUCUGAGACAGCAGCACUUGGACGGAGAACUGCGCAACGAGCGUGAGGAGAGGGAGCGCAAGAAGGAUAAGCAGAAGAUCAAGAAGAAGAAAGAAAGCGACCUGCCCUCCGCCAUCCUGCAGACCAGUGGCGUGGCCGAGUUCACCAAGAAGCGGUCCAAACUGGUCCUGCCCGCACCGCAGAUCAGCGACGCCGAGCUGGAGGAAGUGGUGAAGAUGGGCGUCGCCAGCGAGGUCGCCCGGCAGGCCGCAGAGGAGAGCGAAAGCGCAAACUCCGCCUCCUCCACCCUCCUGUCAGAGUACAGCAUCACCAACACCAUGGCAACGGGCCUGCGCACGCCUCGCACCCCUGCUGCCCAGGACAGGAUACUGCAGGAAGCUCAGAAUCUGAUGGCUCUGACCAACAUCGACACGCCCCUGAAGGGCGGCCUCAACACGCCCUUGCAUGAGAGCGACUUCAGCGGCGUGACACCUCAACGCCAGCAGGUCCAAACGCCCAACACAGUGCUGAGCACCCCCUUCAGAACUCCUGGGCCUGGUCAAGGGUCAGAGGGCAUGACCCCACAAGCAGGCGGCGCAAUGACCCCACGUGGGGGGGCGACCCCCAGCUUGACCCCAGGCCGCACGCCACUGAGGGACAAACUGAACAUCAACAGCGAGGAGCAGCUGGCAGACCCGUCAUACGCCAAGCAAAUGCAACGAGAGAGCCUGCAGCAGCUGAGACAAGGCCUGAUGUCACUUCCUGUGCCCAAAAACGACUUUGAGAUCGUCCUGCCCGAAAAUGCAGAGAAGGAACUGGAGGAGACUGAGAUGGAGGUCGGCUUUGUCGAGGACGCGGCGGACGUAGAGUCACGGAAGCAGGCCCAGCGAGAUGCAGAGAGGGAGAAGGAGCUGAAGCUGCGACACACUGCUGUACAGAGGAGCCUCCCCCGACCCACCGAGGUGAACGAGUCCGUCCUCCGGCCCUCCUCCAUGGAGCCGCUGUCUGACCUGCAGGUGGCGGAGGAACUCAUCAAACAGGAAAUGAUUACCAUGAUGCACUUUGACUGUCUGCACCACCCGUCUGCCAAUGCCGUCAGCCAACUGCAGCGCGGCAAGACCAGAGGCCCCGCCUCCGCGUCCAACAACGCGCUGCACAUUGCUUACCUGGACAGUCACAACUACCAGACCGUCAGCACUGAGGACAUGGAGAAGGCCAAGGCCAUACUGGCGGCAGAGAUGGAGGUGGUGAAAGCGGGGAUGGGUCACGGUGACCUUAGCAUGGAGGCUUACUGUCAGGUGUGGGAGGAAUGUUACGGCCAGGUGUUAUACCUGCCCGGACAGAACCGAUACACCCGAGCCAACCUGGCAUCUAAGAAGGACCGUAUCGAGAGCUUGGAGAAGAAACUAGACGUGAACCGUGGUCACAUGACAGCCGAGGCUCGUAAAGCCGCCAAACUGGAGAAGAAACUCAAAAUCCUGCUGGGGGGCUUUCAGUCCAGAGCGCUGGGUCUCCUGAAGCAGCACAAUGAACUCUGGGAACAGGUGGAGCAGGCAGCCACAGAGCUGCAGACCUUCAGUCAGCUGAAGAAGCAAGAAGAUACUGCAAUUCCCAGAAGACUUGAAGCGUUGCGGGAAGACGUGGAGCGUCAGAUGGAGCGAGAGCGAGAACUCCAGCAGCGAUACGGAGAAAUAGUCAUGGAGAGAGACGCCCUCGCUAACAGCGCUCAGAAGUACUGAGUUGGUGGUCAGUUGAGAUAAGCCCCGCCUCCGUGUGACAGAUGCAACGUCAAACAGAUUGUUUUUGUGUUAGUGACCAAUAAAGUUUAUUUGAGCAACGCUAA